UUGUCUGAGCUGAGUGAACGCACCAACGCAGGAAGCAUUAAAGACUUCCCUGAAGUUUUCCUCAGAUACUUUCGUUAUCAAAAGUGUUUUGUGAAUAACUACGCCUACCUACAUCCCGUGACAUCUUCGGUCAGUAGACUGAGAGAAACAUUGGUUUAUUAUUUGUGAUCGGGUGUUCUAAGAACGUGAUAUUUUGUGGUAGAUACAUCAAGGCAGGGAUCUGGUUGGCUGACUGAAAGGGACUAGCGUCAUUAAAGAAAAAAAAUUUUUUUUCGCUCAUCCAGAUAAGGAGUGAUUACAAAGAUAUUGGCUUCAAAGAUACCAUACCGUCAAGAUAUUUUCGGAUAAUGAGAAUGGGUUACUAAAGAUAUUUUAAGAUGAGAGUCCGUUACGAAAGAUAUUUUCAGAUAAAAAGACUCGGUUACCAAAGAUAUUGUCAGGCAAUAAGAAUCACUUACUAAAGAAAUUUUGCAGAUAAUACGAAUCAGUUACUGAAGAUAUUUCCAGACAAGGAUAAUCGGGUACUACUGCAGGUAUUCUCAGAAGAUGAGAAUCAGUCACUCGAUGUAUUGUCAGGUAACAAGAAUGAUGAACCUAAAAUAAUAUUCAGAUAAUAAGAAUCAGUAACUCAGGGUUUUCUAAGAUCUUGAAGUAUUGACAUCUAAUCAGAAUCGAUAAUCUCAGAGAUAAACAGAUGAGAUUUGAUAAGUCCUCGAUUAUCACGAAUUGACAUGGUGUGCUUAUAAAGCCCCAUUGUUUACAGUGCCGUGUAGUAGAUUACUUGAUGUAAACAUUGAACAUAUCUCUCCUUAAUGGUCCCCAGAAAAAUCAAACAUUAUCUUCGUAAUAGCUUAUAAAGCCCCAUUGUUUACAGUGCUGUGUAGUAGAUUAGGUACCUGAUGUAAACGUUGCGCAUAUCUCAUUAAGUGUACCGCAUGCAGUUCAAAUUUAAAUAUAUUAAUAUAAAGUAAUUAAUAAAACCAGUGAGUUCUCCGCAAAUUAAAUUUAGCAUAUAGCCAGAUGCCAGCACGGUCAGAUAUUACAGGGAACACGAGGCCUGGUCUAUAGCUCUGGACGAGUAACAACCAACCUAAACAAUAACAGAUGAAGCAAAGAACCUGGGUGCGUGUCAAACUGGUACUCAUAUUAGAAGAGUAAAUAUUCAUGACACAAAUCUAGGUCAUGUUCCAACAUUACAGCCCGGGACAAAAUUACCUUUUUAUAUCCUUUCAAAUAUCGGAGAGAUAUAUGAGUAGGCUUUCUAUUCUGGGGAGAGGGCAUGUGGAAUUCUAGCUCAUACUGAAGACCAGCUACAAAGAAGUCAUUUCAGAGAAAUCAUUUCAAAGAAGUCAUCGGAGUGAAGAGAUGAAGCAGAGUCCAAUCGUACAUGAUGUCAAGACCUACAUUACCUGGUGGGCCGUGUUAAAGGAAAAGCCAUCCCUCGCUAAAAACGCUAGACAAAGUCUGGAGGAGUGGAACCUUCAGGAUGAACAUUUUCAGACGGAAUGUUGGGAAGCCACAGCAGGUCUAGUGAAGUUGCUGAAACCGAGGAAGGCAGAGGUCAAUCUCAAGAGCAAAGAACCUUGGCUCUUGGCCGGGCUCCAGGGCGUCCUUCAGUCCCUGAAAGAUGUUAAUUGCCAGUGCAGAGCCCACUGGCGUCGAGAAUGGGCGCUUUCCUCGGGAUCCAUUACCCAGGGCAUGUCGCUAUUGCUGGGGUACUGCAAACCUUCAACGGUGGCCCUGCAACUACCCGACGACAGCGACUCGUCAGCCUACGACGCUCUGCCGAGAUUCAUUUCUGCUUUGAAUAAGUCAUCUUGCUCGGUCAACCUCUUGUUGGAAGGAGACUUCCUAUCGAAGGUUGACACGCAGACGUCCGAUUACCUGCUACUGCCCUGUCUAAUUGCCACUUCGAAGUUCCGAUUGCGGAGGCUUUCUUGUCAUCUCGGCUUGGAAGCCGCUGACCUCUUGUACAGCGAAGAGAAGCAGCGUGAGAGCAGCGAGGAAGACUUCCCAUCCGCUAGACAGCCACCCGCCAACCCAAUUCUGCCGGUCGUUCGAUACUUGGAAGUUCUCAAGGUUAAGAUAGCAACAACCGAAGUCAUAUCUUUGUUGAACGACUGUCUGCCGUACCUCGAACUUCUGCAGGAUCUAGAAAUUCACCUGAUGUUGCAGAGCACGGUGUCGUCUGACGAUGUCCCCCAGAUUUCCUUCACGAAGGGGAGAUUCACUCUCCGCUUGGACUACGUUUCAGAUAGCAGGGCAGAUUGGGCGGGGAAAAUCACCGCCUCUUUGAGCCGACGAUACUCCAGCGUCUGGCUCUGUAGCUGUUACAUGUCUUACGCUGGAGGAACGGUGUUCUUGGAUCAGCUGAGAGAUAGCAGUACCUUAGUGAAAGCUAUUCACAUAUUUUCGGCUAAUUCAUCUAGGCCUAAUGGAAGUCAGUUCCUAAAGCUGUCAAUCCGGGCCAGUUCCCUUCCUGAUCAGACUGCACUUUAUUGGUAAAAGUAAAAGGUUAAAAUCUAGAAGACCAUUAAGAAAAAAGUGUAUACAUACAUAUAUAUAUAUAUAUAUAUAUAUAUAUAUAUA